AUGCCAGUCGAUAUGGACGAGGAGCAAAGACCGCUAGAUCGAUCGCCAUACUAUGUAACACAUUCCGAACAUCUUGAUCGUGUGUUGAGUAGGCCUCAGCUUGCAGGUAUUGGGAUAUCCGGUUGCAUUGGUGGAGGCGUUUUCAUCACGUCGGGUGCGCUGAUAGCUACCACUGGGUCACUUGGAGCUGCAAUCAGCUAUGUAGUAGCCGGAGGGAUCGUUGCUUGUGUCAUGUAUACUACUACUGAGAUGGUAACAUGCCGGCCGCUGACCGGAGCUCUCAUUGAUCUACCUCACACAUUCUUGGAUCCUGCUAGUGGCUUUGCUAUCGCAUCAGUAUAUGGACUCAACAAGAUCUUCGCCAUGACUACUCUCACUGCGCUCGCGGCACAGCUCACUGUCCUCUUGAAAGAUGAUCAGAAGCCACAUUCACCUGGCACAGAAGCCGCUAUCAAUAUCGCUUUCAUAGCCCUGACGACUUUCUCGCACUGUCUUGGGGUCAAGCUAUACGGUAAAAUUGAACGAGUAGUAAUGUGGUUCAAGUUGAGCCUGCUCGUGCUUGUCUGCGUCAUGAUGGUGGUGUUGAACUUUGGAUAUGGUGGACUAAAAGAGGGAAGAUACAACGACAACUACACACACGAUGCGUUUACUCCAGGUUGGAAGCCAUCCGGGUUUAACGUCACUGACAAACGUCUCUCCCUUUCAAGCGUCUCUGACGAUAAAUUCGGCAUACCUGGGACAGGAGGUGCUUUGUUUGGAUUUAUUACCUCAAUCACGCUUGCCAUGUUCUCCUUCGGCACAGACCUGGUCGCAAUGACUGCUGGGGAAGCGAAGAACCCUUGGAAGGAUGUACCGGCCACAAUGACCUUCGUAUACGUCAUUCCCGUCAUCAUGUACCCUUUUGCGAUGUUUGCUGCUGGGUCAAACGUCAACUACCUCGAUCCGAAAUUGUCCAAAUUGUGGACAAAAGGCAGUGGUCCGACAAGAUCGCCUUUCGUGAUCGCGGCUGAAAACUUGUCGCUCGACGCGUUACCCAAAGUACUGAAUGCGCUUUUCAUACUCUCGGCAUAUACGACUGCAAACACUGAUCUGUAUGCCGCCUCGCGGAGUGUUUUCAUGCUAUCCCAACAAUACCUCCCACGAAAAGUCGCAAAUGUAUUUGGUAGGACUAACAACGGUCACACGCCGUUGGCAGCUAUCUUGCUAUGCUCAGCCCUCGGGUUCCUGUCACUCGUUGGAUUGGCCGACAGAUCGAGUUCACAACCAACUAUCACACUCUCUGAGAUCUACACUGGUACUGCGACCUGCAUUAACAUCUGCCUUUGCAUCACCUUUCUGCGCUUCAAAGCUGGGCUCGAUCGUCUGGCGAAGCGAAAGAUUUUUGGAAGAAACCACCCGCUGUACAAGUCUCGACUAUUCAAGUCUCGCUGGCAACCACUUCCUGCAUACAUCGGUAUGAUAGGAAGCACAUUCGUCCUUAUAUGGUCCGGCAUACCGCCACUUAUCAUUCUAAUUGCUAGAGGUAAUCUUUCCUCUCCUGGCAAUCUGAAGUCAACCAUCAGCCUUGCCUUUGACGUUAUCGGAGCAUAUAUCGGCCCUGCUAUCUUCGCCAUCCUCUACCUCUCGUACAAGUUCAUCUACCCACGUACGUCUCGCGUCGACAUUCGCAACCUCACAGUCGAAGACUAUGUGUUGCAAGAUCUAUCAAACAUCGAGCUGGAGGGCCCGACAUGCAUACCGCCUGUUCCGCGACCCCGCUUCGGAUCAUAUGAGAUGGACGGCCAGAACGAUGGCAUCGCCGGUCCUUCCGUCAUGUUCGAAGAUCCGUUCAAGGAGGAUCAAUCGUACGCUGACAUGAGCCCGGACAUGCAAGAGGAGAUCGAGGCCGAAGCUGCAAGGAGCAAUGAACGAGCAAGAAUUAGGCAGAUUCUGGAAAGAAGGCCGGAGAGAUUACGCCGCGGAGUCUGGCGAGAGAUCUGGAGCUUCGUGAGGACAGAUAAAGAAGAAUGA